AUGUUUCGAAUAGAGCUCAGUAUUUAUCUAGUUAGAUAUUCGACAGUCAAGAUGCUAGAGUUAUAUUUAAGUAUGUUUAUUUUGACGGUCCUAUUUGGAAAUGUCACUGCAACCCCUAAAGUGGAUCCUUUAGUUAAUACUAAUUUGGGGUUAAUACGAGGAGUCAGAGCUACAGAUGGAAACUAUUCAAUGUUCAUGGGUAUUCCAUUUGCACGAGUCAAUACGUCGAAUCCAUUUGGGGCUGCCAUACCAGAGGCACCUUUCAAUGGUGUAUUUGAAGCCAACGAUGACUCAGCAAUAUGCCCACAAAUAGAAGAAUUCAAUAACACUGUUGUGGGAUCACUUGACUGUUUGCAUCUAAACAUAUAUGUACCAAUUGUAGCUAACUUUAGAAACAAGGUACCUGUGUUAGUGUGGAUAUAUGGUGGAGGUUUUAGCUUCGGGUAUGCAGGCCGAUAUAUCUACGGGCCAAAAUUUAUUGUCCGCCAUGAUAUAAUGUUCAUAACAUUAAAUUAUAGACUUGGACCUUAUGGAUUUAUGUGUCUAGAUACUCCAGAAAAUCCUGGUAACCAAGGACUAAAAGAUCAACUUCUAGCUCUUAGAUGGAUUAAAGAUAAUAUAGAAGCAUUUGGAGGUGAUCCAGAUAAAAUGACUUUGUUCGGUGAAAGCGCUGGAGGAAUAGCUGUUGAUUUCCAUAUUUUGUCUCCUCAAGAAAAAAUAUUUCAUAAAGCUAUUAUUCAAAGUGCCACAUCGUUAUCGCCUGUAUAUUUUGAACCACACAAAGACGCUCCUCUAUUAUUAGCUGCAGAACUUGGUUUAUCCACUAACGAUAUAAAUGAGGCCAUCACAUAUUUGGCAUCGAUUGAAACCGAUCUAGUCAUCACUGCAUCUAAUGAGCUUGGUUUAAAUUUCAGGCCAUGUGUUGAUAAAAGCUUUGAAGGAGUUGAAGGCUUUAUAACUGAAAAUUGGAUUCGUAAGAAGAUGCCCAAAGUGAGGAGAAUGCCAGUCCUUAUUGGUUUUACGGACGAUGAAAAGCUUUCGGUAUAUAUCAAUCAACCGUCAACAUAUUAUGAAAAUUUAAAUAUUUUUUAUGAGAAGUUGAAUUUGGGUUUUCAAACAUUGAGUCGCGAUUUCGAAGGAAUGGAAGAACUUGUACGUCAUUUCUAUAUUGGCGACCAAAAUAUAAGUGAAAAUGUUAAAUAUCAUAUUGCUAAUUUUGAUUCGGAUUACGUAUACAAUCAUCCGACAUACAGAAGUAUUUCCAAGUACAUUGAAAACAGUGCUGGCAAUAUUUACCAAUAUUUGUUUUCUUAUAAUGGCAAUAGAAACUUCGGCAAAAGGACACAAAAUUUCUCAGAUAGUGGUGCAGGUGCUGUACACGCUGAUGAAAUUGGUUAUUUAUUUGAUACUAUGUAUUAUGAUGAGCCGCCAUCUUCUACAGAUCAAAUAAUAAUUGACCGUAUGACAAUGAUGUGGUCCAACUUUGCUAAGUAUGGAGACCCAACGCCGAAUGUAUCAGAGUUACUACCAGUAAGAUGGACUCCUAUAACUAGGAAUUCGUUGCAUCACUAUUUGGAGAUAAACACGGAACUACAAUUGGGGGUUCGGCCAUUUCACAAACGAAUGGCGUUUUGGGAUCUAUUCUACCAAGCGAAUGACAAAUUACAAAGAGUUUAUCCGGAGAAUGAUUAA